ACUUGGACAUUUACCCCGCAGCCGUUCACUCCAGCGCUUACAGCAGCCUGUUUGCGCGCAGCGGAUCCACACGGACUCCAUACUACACUUCAUUCCAUCAGCAGCAGCACCAGUGAGGAGCGGGGGAAGGAAAAAAAAAAAAGUUUGGAGAAAUGCAGUCAGUGUACCAGCACCUGCUCAGCCUGCUGUUUGUCUUCAGCAGCCUGCACCUUCACCAGCUGACGGAGGGCUGUUCGUGCGCUCUGACGCACCCGCAAGACGCCUUCUGCAACUCCGACAUAGUGAUUCGAGCCAAAGUGGUCGGCAAGAAGCUCCUGAGAGAUGGCCCGUUUGGAACGAUGCGCUACACUGUCAAGCAAAUGAAGAUGUACAAAGGAUUCGAGAAAGUCCAGCACGUGCAGCACAUCUACACAGAUGCCUCAGAGAGUUUGUGCGGCGUUAAGUUCGACAUCAACAAGUACCAGUACCUGAUCACAGGUCGAGUGUAUGAUGACAAGGUCUACACGGGGCUGUGCAACUUCAACGAGCGGUGGGAGCGCCUCUCGUUGGCCCAGAAGAAAGGCAUCAACCAUCGCUACCAGCUGGGCUGCAACUGCAGGAUUAAGCCCUGCCACUACCUGCCCUGCUUCGUGACCUCAAAGAAUGAGUGCCUAUGGACGGACAUGCUGUCCCACUUCGGCUAUCCCGGCUACCAGUCCCGGCACUACGCCUGCAUCCAGCAGAAGGAGGGCUACUGCAGCUGGUACCGGGGCAUGACAGCACGCGACAAAACCACCAUCAACACCACCGACCCCUGAACCCUCCCGUCCCCCCCCCACCCCGAAAGCAACCCUGCCUGAAAUCCCCUGCCGCCUCCUCGACUCCGUCCCAUCCCGAUCACUUCUAGAGUAUUACAGGACUCUUAAAGUUCACCGACCUGGGUGACAGCUGCCUCUUUAAAUGGGCAAAAAAAAAAAAAAAAGAGAGAGAAAAUAUCAAAUCCAUUACAGUGCCUGUUUCGUAGCACUUCUGAUAGAAAACAAUACCUUUUUUUUGUUUCGCAGAUCGCCCUGUUGAACUGUAUUGCCAUCUCCCCAAACCACAAAAUCAAACAGUCCUUGCAACCAGCUGUCUCUCCAGGGUUCAGUCCGGUUAAAAAGGUGACAAAGACUGACCAACACGAAACGUAAAACCUCCAUCAUCGAAUUUUUUUGUGAUCCUCAAAAUUCAAGAACUAUUUCUCAAGAAGUAUCACUAAUUGUCAUUGGCGUUAAUUAGCGAUACGGAGCAGAGCUAAGAAUCUUUCCAACCAUACAGAUCGAGAGCGUGUGCGAGUUAUGCCCUCUGAAACUUGUACCUGUCAUUUCGGCUCCGGAAAACAUGUUUAGAAAAUGGUAUUGUUUUACAGUGAAGUAUACAUCGAUUAUGUUCAGUUCCUACUGUAACAUGUGUCUUUAUGGAUGGUAGUAUCUCUGCUUACCGGAACGUUUGCAAUGUAACUCAUUUUGCAGUUAUAUCACAAACAAAAAUGCCCUUUCUGUUGAGCACCGACGAGUAUCAGUAACGCUGAAAAAAAAAAAAAAAAGAAAAGAAAAAAAAGAAGUCUGUUACAGUGCCAACGCAGGGAAGAGCUCACUUCUUGCAGAGACGGGGAUAUUUUAUUUUUUGCUGUAUAUAACAUAAGCUACAGAAAUGAACUAUCAACUCAGCUGAAACCUCUGUAAUACAUUUAUUUAUAUGUUUAUUGGAUUACUCUGUAACCAUGUGGUAUAUCUGCAAAAAAAAAAAAAGAAGAAGAAGAAAAAAAAAAUACAAAAACAGGUCAGAACUACAUUGUGACGACCAUCACAGCCUGUGCAACCGUCCAGAAUGAAGGACCAGCGUCUCCAAUGGAAUGGUACUUUGUUGUUAGCGUGAUCUUAGCCCCUGCCCCCCUCCCCCGACUGGUACUCUUCACCAAUCCGAUGAAAGUCAAGUAUAAGCAGAGGUUUCAGACAAUGAGAUAUUUUGUAAGUGUAUAUUCAAUCUUUUUGUAUUUAACUAUUUCAAAUGGACAUUAUAUAUAUAAAGUAACAUAUUGUCACUAAAUUCGUUCUUCUCCACCUGUUCCCUUCACCUGUUUUUUUUUUUUUUUUUUCUUAUAUUCUUCCCAGUGCUGUACCUUCAGUCCAUUCCAGUUACAGACACAGAUUUGCCUCAUAGGGAGUAACGGCCCCCUUCGUCACUAACAUUACACAGGCAGCACUUCAGAGUUGUUGUGACAUUUUUGUAGAAUAUCCUCAUUUGCUUUCUUGCUCGCCGCUUUUGUCACGAACGCUAAAUGUGAAGCUACGGCCAGCGGCAAAACACACAGUGGUUUAACCAAUCAGCUCCUUUGAGGAACUACUGAUGGUUUAUUUAAUUGAAAGAAGAGCGCAGAAUGCCGCUGAAGGCUUUUCUCUAAAGAAAUUAUGUUUUCUUCUUGAGUCGGACAUCAGUAAGGGUCAACAGUUCUCCUACUGCUGAUCUGAUUUGGCCCAUGAUAAAGGUUGAUGGACAGAUGGUUCGUCCAAUCACCUGCCAAGUAAAUUUUUUUUUUUCCCUUUUGAAAGUGAGUGCCCUUUUCCAAACAGUUUCUAGCGGCUGCUUUCCAGAUGGUUCGGUGUAACAAACCAUCUGGCGCGUCGAGUUAAAUGUAACCGUCUUGUGACUGUAGCUUCGUAUUAAAAACGGGCAGACGUGAGAGCGGUAGAGAAAACUUCUUGUCUAAAUAUCAGCAAGAAAGCAAAUCAGCUCAUUGGACAGGAUGUCAAACAGUAUCUUUAAAUCCAUUCAUCUCCAUUCCAAAGUGCGGUUUUCCGUGAGUUUCCCUCACGUGUAAACAGCACUUAGACACUAGAACUUUCCGCUACAGUCUGAUCAUAUCAGAGGAGGAAGACAGCGAUGGCUCGAAUCUGAUGCUAAGCAAAAUGGCAAUAUUGGCCUGAUAAGCUGAUCUAAAUUACGAUUAAGUUAUCUGAUUCAAGCGAUGUUCAUCUACCCUUUAAUUUUGCAACACAAGUAAUUCCAACAAAACAUCUCUUGAUCCAUCUUUACAAACUAAAGUUUUGCUUUUGUUUAAGUGAACUUCUGACUGGUCAUCAGCCUCCUCUUGAUAAUGAUUCCUUGGCUUCAGCAUGCAACACACAGAGAGUCACAACUAGGUGUCCUUUUCAUGUAAGACGUUGCAAGAAAAGUUAAUAACCAACGGCCUUUGAGGGAAAACACUUUGUGUAAAGCAAACAAAUCCACGUCGGUGUAUAAAACAUCCUCCUUUCUUGUCUUUAUGUGUGAUGACGAGGCUCUUUAUCCGGCCGUGGCGUUUCUGUGUCACUAUUUCUGUGGUUUCAUGUUUGUGUAAAUAUUCUGCUUAACACAGAAACACUUGGUCAAAUCUGAUCCUUAAGAAAAAAAAAACCAAUACCCAAUCAAGGAAGCUGUGUACAGUCUGUGUGUAAAAACACUGAUUCCUGAAGUGUGUGUGUGUGUGUGGGGGAUGUUUCCUUGUAGGGGUUAUAGAAAUGUUUGACUUAAUUUCUGUGUUUUAUAUUUUUAUAAUAAAGAUUUAAUGAAAAACUG